AGCCGCGGCGACGGUUCCGCCCCGCGGCGGGCGAGAGCGCUGGGAGACGGCUGGACGCAGGCUGGGCGCGGUGCGGCCCGGACGAUGCUGCUGAGCCCCGGCCCGGCCCGGCCCAGAGCACAUGAUGGCGAUACGGGAGCUCAAAGUGUGUCUUCUCGGGGACACGGGUGUUGGGAAAUCAAGCAUCGUAUGCCGGUUUGUCCAGGACCACUUUGACCACAACAUCAGUCCCACCAUCGGGGCAUCUUUUAUGACCAAAACUGUGCCUUGUGGAAAUGAACUUCACAAAUUCCUCAUCUGGGACACCGCUGGCCAGGAGCGGUUUCACUCCCUGGCUCCCAUGUACUAUCGAGGAUCGGCUGCAGCGGUGAUAGUCUAUGACAUCACUAAACAGGAUUCAUUUCAUACCUUGAAAAAAUGGGUUAAGGAGCUGAAAGAGCAUGGCCCAGAAAACAUUGUGAUGGCAAUUGCUGGGAACAAAUGUGACCUCUCAGAUAUUAGGGAGGUGCCCUUGAAGGAUGCUAAGGAAUACGCUGAAUCCAUAGGUGCCAUUGUGGUUGAGACAAGUGCGAAGAACGCCAUUAACAUCGAGGAGCUCUUCCAAGGAAUCAGCCGCCAGAUCCCACCCUUGGACCCCCAUGAAAAUGGAAACAGUGGCGGGAUUAAGCUUGGGAACCAGAGCUUGCAAACCAGCCGGCGUUGCUGCUGACCCAAGGGCCACAUGGAGCACGAAGCAGGAAGCCAGAGCCCUCUCCAGUGCCUGGGGCCCACAGAAGGACCCUACCCUCGGGACUGCCUGCCUGCCUGCCGGAGAGUGAGCAGCAUUGCAUGCUGGGAGACCUGCAGGAUGCUGAGCAGGGAGGGUCCCUGCGAAGAGAUUAUCGAAAACUCCGGAAAACUCACUGUACCUCCACAACAUGGCCUUCGGUUUAUAAAAUGCACACGGCAGGGGUUGCACUUAUUAGGGAAUAGGUAUAGUUGCCGUUUUUUGUUAAAGAAAUAUUAGAAAAUUUUUUAGAUUUGUUCGCAAACCUUGCCGUGCUGUUCUUCCCUGACCUCGGAUGUUAUCUAGUCAGAUUCCAGUAACUUCUCCAGGGCCAGGGUCUUUUUCUCUGGCCAGUUCACCAAAAGGCAGCAGCAAUAUAGAAGGUUAGCUUUUAGCUGGCUUGGCGACAAACCUCUACUAUAUUAGUUUUUCUGAGGGAAAUCAGAGAAGUAUAACUGGACCAUCAUUCAAACUGAGAACUGACUUUCUGCAAAAGAGACAAAAGUUGUGUUAGAAACUGCCAUCUGUGUCCUCUUUUCAUGUAACUGGUGAACAUUUUUCUAAGGUACAGUCAUACACAACCAACCAAACCAGACUAGAACGUUACACAUAAUUCUGGGGAUGGGAGGCCCGGUUUAAAAGAGUUAAGUGGUUGGUAUGUAAGCCAUGGUAGGUGGAGGAUUAUAAAUAGCAUUCAGGGCACCACCCAGCAUACAUCCUCUCCGUUGCAGUAACUUUCUACUCUUGGAGAUGAUUAGUUCACAGAGCAUUGUUUUACUAGGAGACUAUGCCAUAGUGUCUAAGGGAAAAAACUAACCAGAGGAUGUCGAGUCUAAAUUGUAGGGCAAACUUCUAUUAAUAGCAGCUAAUCAUGGGUUGUAGCAAACCAGCCAGAAAAAUGUUACCACCUUAAAAUUCUGGACCCCCAAAGUAUAAAAAUCAGAAGACCAUACUUUAAGCUUUUCCAGCCUUGGAGAGAACAGCCACCAAGCAAACAGAGCGAGGUUCCGUCAUAGACGGUGGUUGUCAAGUCCAGGAUGUGUUCGCCCACAUACAUUCUUCCUCAACUUGGGAGUUAACUGACUCUUAGAAUACGAAGGAUGGAAAAUCCUUGUCUUGAUUCAAGAGUGUCCCCCGGUGUCCCAUAACAGACAUCUCCAACACUGUUAGCAAAUGGUGUCUGUAUGUUGUAACAGGGCCUUCUCAAGGACAGUCAGCGCCUGUCCCAUGCUGCCAGUGUCACUAGAGUUGAAACUGAAAAGGCCUCUCUCCAGGUAGCAUCAAGCUUAUGUUUGAACCUUCCCCUGUGUUAGGGAAACUUGUCCUGGGAACUUGCAUAGCUCGGCUGUCUAGAUUUCUAAGCUGAGAUGGUACUGUUUCCAGAAGAGAAUGUCAUGGCUUUGGAUUGGGUUUGCAGAGGUUGAAUUUUACAUGAACUGGCUGGGCUUCCCCGUGACAGUGAGCCCCCCUGGGUGUUUUAGAAAAGCACACGGGGGGGGGGGGGGGGAGUGAAACCUUGCUUUUUCUAGGCUGCAUUGCCAUUGAUGUCAAAGCUAGGCAGAGGGUAAGUACGCAUGUGUGUCAAACAGAGAGUGUGUGGCACUUGGGCACACAAAUAUUCAUACCCUCUUGGGCCUCCUCUGCAGGUAGAUGCUGUGGCCUUUGGUGCCUUUCUCCCCUUGGCCUGGGAUUCCUUUUGGGUUGUUUUAACAAUUGACUUUUAAUCAUAGAAACGUCUGUAAAGACCUAGAAAUUACAAUUGUUCUGACACAGGAUAUGGUAUCCUUAUCAUCGUUCCCAGAAUUCCCUUCCCAACCCCUAUUUUCUCUCCCUCACACGAGGCAGGUUUGUGUAUAUGUGUAAAUAUGAUUGAUGUUGGCUACACCUCCAUGUAAUCCAUUUUAGAGUGGCUGGUUUGGCUCAUGACCUUGUUUGUGUCUGUAAGUGAGGUGCAUAUCGUCAGAGGGAUUCUUUCUCAGCAGGAAUCCCCGAGGACAGUGGUAGAGCUGUGCAAAUGUUUUACAAUAGGUACAGAAUUGACUUGCCAUUUUUUUUUUAGUAAAAAAUGGUACAUUAGGGUACUGAAUAUGAUGUUACCUUGCAGACUAACCUGCAUUCUAGCCAGUAGUAAGGGCUGUGCCCCAGUGGGGAUCCCACUCGUUCCUGAGGGAGGUUUGGAGGAUUGAAACGUUUCCUCUGCCAUUAAGGACUAUGGCCUGUAUAGACUUCCCUCCUUGCCACUCGGCUGUGUUCGGGGCAGGGAGUGAGAAGCCAGCCAUCAGCCAGGAGCUCUGGCUGUGUUCAGACCUGAUCAUGCGUUUCAUCGUUGUUGUGACACCCGGUGACCCAGCAGUCAUGCCGUCACACAGACUGUCACCCUUUCUGGUGGUUUUGUAAAGGGUUUCCACUUGGGCUGGACCCAGGUUUUGUACCUAGACGAUCCCUCCCCAGACACCCGGGACCUUCGCAUCUUGUACUCUGUUCUAUGGUAAAGCAUUUCCCUUGUGCUCAUUUGUAUCAGUUGCUUUUGAUUUUAACCCAUUGGUAUGAUUCAUACUAAUAAAUAUUUUAAGUUUUA